GCGCUUUGAGCCACCGCAUAUUUCCCUCCUCCGACUCCGACGCGCCCUUUUCGCCCCGCACAUUGCCCUAAUUCUCCCCCCCAGAUCCCUCCCCCUCGAUCUCCAAUCCUUCGACCGUUCUCCAUGGGAACGAUGAGUCGAGCUCUUGCGAUCUCUCUUCUCCUCACGAUCUUCUUGCUUCCCCUUGCAUUUGCGGCGUCGGCCGGUGGAUUGAUCCGGAUCGGGCUAAAGAAGAAGCCGAUCGAUGAAAACAAUCAGAUCGCUGCACGACUUGCGGCUGAUGAAGGGACAGGCCUACUUCCCGUGAAGUAUGGCCUUCAAAGUGGUCUCCAGGGCGAAGAGGAGACGGAUAUCAUAGCCCUGAAGAACUACAUGAAUGCUCAGUACUUUGGUGAGAUUGGCAUCGGUUCCCCGCCGCAGAAAUUUACGGUGAUAUUCGAUACCGGGAGCUCGAACUUGUGGGUUCCCUCGUCGAAAUGCUACUUCUCUAUUGCUUGCUUUUUCCAUGCCAAAUAUAAGUCCAGCCAAUCAAGCACCUACCGGAAGAACGGAACAACUGCAGCUAUACAGUAUGGAUCUGGAGCAAUUUCCGGUUAUUUUAGCCAGGAUCAUGUUACUGUUGGCGACCUAGUGGUCAAACAUCAGGAUUUUAUUGAAGCCACAAGGGAGCCUACUUUGACCUUCGUGGUGGCAAAAUUUGAUGGCAUUCUUGGGCUUGGAUUUCAAGAAAUAUCAGUCGGAGGCGCAGUCCCUGUUUGGGACAACAUGGUCAAGCAAGGGCUUAUCAAAGAACCUGUUUUCUCUUUCUGGUUUAAUAGAAAUGAAGAGGAUGGUGAGGGUGGUGAAAUUGUUUUUGGAGGUGUUGACCCUAGUCAUUAUAAGGGCAAGCAUACAUAUGUCCCAGUGACACAAAAAGGCUAUUGGCAGUUUGAAAUGGGAGAUGUCCUUAUUGAUGGCCAGACUACUGGAUUUUGCAAAGGGGGUUGUGCAGCCAUUGCAGAUUCCGGAACUUCAUUGAUAGCUGGUCCGACGACUGUAAUUACUGAGAUUAAUCAAAAAAUUGGAGCUUCUGGGGUCGUUAGCCAAGAGUGCAAAACAGUCGUUGCUGAAUAUGGGCAACAAAUUCUGGAAUUGUUGCUGGUGGAGACAAACAGAGCGAAAAUCUGUUCUAGGGCUGGUCUUUGUGCUUUUGAUGGAACCCACGGAGUCAGUAUUGGCAUUGAGAGUGUGGUAAAUGAUGAGGCUCCGAAAUCUGGUUUGAGUGCUGCUAUGUGCAAUGCUUGCGAGAUGGCUGUUGUAUGGAUGCAAAACCAGCUUAUGCAGAACCAGACUCAGGAUCACAUACUAAACUACGCAGAUGAGCUAUGCGAACGACUCCCUAACCGUAUGGGGGAGUCAUCUGUGGACUGUACCACCGUAAGCUCCAUGCCUGCUAUCUCCUUCACCAUAGGCGGCAAGACAUUUGACCUCAAGGCAGAAGAGUAUAUCCUUAAGGUUGGCGAGGGACCGUCGGCACAAUGCAUAAGCGGGUUCACAGCUUUGGACGUUCCCCCACCGCGUGGCCCUCUCUGGAUUUUGGGCGACGUCUUCAUGGGUGUCUACCACACCGUCUUCGACUACGGCAAAUUGAGAGUUGGCUUCGCAGAGGCAGCAUAAAGUGCGAGACACUCCGUAUGCUGUAUAAUGUCAUAGAAGUUCUGGUUUGCUAAUUACCUCUCACAUAAGGAAAGAAAUGUGGAGUCAAUACUUAAUGUACAUAUAUAAGCUGGACCAAAAUAUGCUUUUGUGUUAAAUCUGUGGCUAGCACUGUGAACUGUAAACUGUGUGAACAAUUUAUGGUGGUGUGUUUAUCGUAUUUUCAGUGCUUUUGCUUCGUGUUAGUUGGUG